AAAACUUUUACGCGUGUUUUUGGGCAAGUUUUUGGCGUCUAACAAACUGUGCAAGAAUUCAUAUAAAAUGUGUGCGCGUGUGUGUGUGUGUGCGUCUUAUCACAAUAAAUAAAUCAAAAAAGCGCAAAUGACGUAGAAUUUGCGGAAAAAUUACUGAGGCCAUUUGUUGUUUUGUGAAAUUUUCCGCCGCGCCAAAGUGACAAAGAAUAACAAACAAAAGACGCACAUGAAUUUAAUUAAAUAUUAUGCCAGUUUUUAAUUUAAUGUGCCACUGAACAACAGAGAUGUGCUCUUUAAUUAACAACAACACAAAAUGCAGCUAAACACAUUUAAAUGGUUGUGCAAUAAUGUGACAGCAGCUGCGUAACUGAACCGUAUCCAAGCAUGGGAAACAUAUCAAAAUAUUUGAAUUUUAGUCGCCGACAUCAACGAGUUAAUGGGCGUUGCCUGUUUUGAAAAUUGGCCGAGCGAAUAUAGCGGACAGCAACAACAGCAGCAGCAACAGCAACAACAAUACGCAAUAGCAACAACAUCUAGCCGCAUAACAAACAUGAAAGGAUACUCGAAACCAAAUGGUGCCGCUAACCGCAGAUGCCACAUGGACCAUGUCCAUGGUGGCAAUGGCAUCCUGUUAUUUGUGCUGACAGCACUGACACUAACGAGCUUAAUAACGCCCACAGAGCAGCUGACAGCGGCGACACCAAUACCAGCAACAGCAGCAGCAGCAGCAACACCCAGCAGCAACAUGAAGCAGGCGGCCAACGAUGGCGCCGCCAGUUUUAAUGCCGCAUUGGAGCAAUCGGAACGUUACAAGCAUAUGAAUGCCAAUCUGCCUUGCGAGUACUGCGAGCGACCCGAUGGCUUCAGCAUUAAGCUGACUGCUAUGAUACUCUACGCUUUGGUCUGCAUUGUUGGACUGUUUGGCAAUACGCUGGUCAUUUAUGUGGUGCUGAGAUUCUCCAAGAUGCAAACAGUAACCAACAUAUAUAUACUCAAUCUGGCUAUAGCGGAUGAAUGUUUUCUGAUUGGCAUUCCCAUACUGAUCUAUACAAUGCAAGUGGGCGGCUGGAACUUUGGCACUUAUAUGUGCAAAGCUUUUAUGGUCAGCACCAGCAUAACGCAGUUUACUUCGUCUAUAUUUUUGCUUAUAAUGUCGGCUGAUCGUUAUAUAGCGGUAUGCCAUCCCUUAAGCUCGCCACGCUAUCGCACGCCGUUUGUGUCGAAGGUCGUUUCAGCUGGCGCUUGGAUGAUGUCGGUGCUGCUAAUGCUGCCCUGUUCAUACUUAUUCGCCAGCACAGUGGAGCUGGAGAAUGGCAACUUGAGCUGCAACAUGAAGUGGCCCGAGUCGUUUAAUGUGCAGUCGGAUUCGGCAUUCAUACUCUACUCUUUGGUGCUGGGCUUUGCCACGCCGCUGCUGUUCAUUCUCAUCUUCUAUUGUUUGGUCAUACGCAAGCUGCACACCGUUGGACCCAAGCACAAGAGCAAGGAGAAGAAGCGCUCGCAUCGCAAGGUCACCAAGCUGGUGCUUACAGUCAUCACUGUUUACAUUCUCUGCUGGCUGCCGCAUUGGAUAUCGCAGGUGGCUUUGAUCAACUCCACGCCCAGCUGCACCACCAAACUGGAGCUUGCCAUAUUCCUCGUCUGCGGCUGUUUGUCGUACUCCAACUCAGCCAUGAAUCCCAUACUCUACGCCUUUCUCAGCGACAACUUCAAGAAGUCAUUCAUGAAGGCCUGCACCUGCGCCGCUCGCAAAGAUGUCAACGCUCAGCUGCAGCUGGAGAACAGUUUCUUUCCCAAAUUCGGCAAGGGGCGUCAAUCGGAGCGACUUAUAGCCGCCGGCAAGGGCAAGCGCAAGGGCCUGGCAGCUAAUCGCAACAAUAAUGCGCCCAUGACCACAACCACAACAACAACCACAGCCGAUGUGGCACCAACAGGCACCACCAGCUGCAGCGCUGCGCUGCUUGUGGUCAAUGCCGAGACCAACAACUGCAAGCCGCCAGUGCUGCACACAGACUUAUAA